GCAGCAUGUGAAAACUCUCAUAUUAUCUCUCAUUUUAUAAAGAAAAAAAACCCUAAUCUCAUCAUCAAUGUCAACUACGCCGAACAAAAUCACCUCAACCAACGGUGGCGAUAGGCGGCAGCCUAGUCGACUUCAACGUCGUGCUCCUGCUUCCUUACAGAUCAGUCCGGUUGCUAGCUGGAACAUUGCAAUACCUCUCUUGUCUCCGCUCGCCUGUUCGCCUCCUUCGAUUGAUCGGAGGACCACCGAGAGAACAGAAGAGCCACCGCCUCGUCAAGAACAACAGCAGAGGCAAAGCCAGAAAACGGAGCCUGAGAAGCUUGUGUUCAAGAUGUGGCAGCAUCCAGCGGCACCGUUUUGUUAUGAACCGGCAUCGUUAGUACCGUCGUUUGUGCCGGUUUAGAUGUAUAUGAAGAUAAAAAAAAAAGAGUAGUUAGAUCUAACGGCGUGGUACUGUUGGGAGCCUUUUUCUUCAUCGUGCACAUCACCAUUUUUGUAUAAAAUUACUGAAAUAUCUAAUCUGUUCAUAUUAUCAUACUUUUUUUAAACAAAGGAUUCGAUUUGAAA